UGAACAGCUGCAACAGGAAGCUCAGUAUUCCUCGAGGUCUAUGGAUGACGCAAUGUGCGCUGGACCAGUCAGACCGGAUCAGCCGCUGAAUCAAACACACUGCUCUCCUCCAGUCCUCACCGAACACUGACGACCAAUACGUUUCCGGACAACGUUUGUUUUACUCACGAAACCCACUCUAUCAUUCUCUACCUGUUGGACUGAAGGCCCUCAUCAUGUCUAAAGGUACCGUGGUUCUUGCCUACAGCGGUGGACUGGACACAUCCUGUAUUCUGGUUUGGCUUAAGGAGCAGGGCUACGACGUGAUUGCAUUCUUGGCCAACAUUGGGCAAGAUGAAGAUUUUGAAGCUGCCCGGAAAAAGGCAGAAAAACUUGGUGCAAAGAAGGUUUUCAUUGAAGACCUGCGUUCAGAGUUUGUGGAGGACUUCAUCUGGCCCGCAGUUCAGGCCAAUGCGGUCUAUGAGGACCGAUACCUGCUGGGCACGGCGGUCGCACGGCCCUGCAUCGGCCGCAGUCAGGUGGAGAUUGCACGCAGGGAGGGCGCCCAGUUUGUCUCCCAUGGUGCCACUGGAAAGGGCAAUGACCAGAUACGUUUUGAGCUCACAUGCUACGCCCUCUACCCUGAGGUUAAGAUCAUCGCACCGUGGAGGGUCCCCGAGUUCUACAACCGCUUCAAGGGGAGAAUAGAUCUGAUGGACUACGCACAGAAACAUGGCAUCCCUGUGCCGGUCACUCCUCAGGCACCAUGGAGCAUGGAUGCCAACCUGAUGCAUAUAAGCUAUGAGUCCGGCAUCCUGGAGAAUCCAAAGAGCAAUGCUCCGGCUGACCUGUACCUGAUGACCAAGAACCCAGAAGAGUCUCCCAACACCCCCGAUGUACUGGAGAUAGAGUUCAGCAACGGAGUGCCUGUGAAGGUGACCAAUGUGAAGGAGAGCACAUCGAAGGACUCGCCCCUGGAUAUCUUCUCAUACCUCAAUGAGAUUGGUGGAAAACAUGGCGUGGGUCGGAUUGACAUCGUAGAGAACCGUUUCAUUGGCAUGAAGUCCAGAGGGAUUUAUGAAACCCCAGGAGGCACAAUUCUGUUGCAGGCUCAUUUAGACAUUGAGACCUUUACCAUGGACAAAGAAGUGCGUCGCAUCAAACAGGGCCUCGGGAUCAAAUUUGCUGAACUCGUCUACAACGGUUUCUGGUACAGUCCCGAGUGUGAUUUUGUGCGACACUGCAUAAACAAGUCCCAGGAGAAUGUGGAGGGCAAAGUACAGCUGUCUGUCUUCAAGGGCCAGGUCUACAUCAUGGGACGAGAGUCACCCAAGUCCCUUUACAAUGAAGAGUUGGUCAGCAUGGACGUGCAGGGAGACUACGACCCAUGUGAUGCCUCUGGAUUCAUCAGGAUUAAUGCUGUCAGGUUAAGGGAACACCACCGUUUGCAGGGUCUCUCCAGCGUCAAGAAAUAACUUGUGCAGUCCUGAAAACCAUCUUUCUCUCUUUCCUCCUCUCUCUGCUGUCUUAAGCAGUAGUAGGUUUAGACUUUGUGCCUUUUGCCUUAUUGUCUACUGUUAGUCAUAUUUAGGGUAUCUAGCACACUAGCUAGCACACUAGACGCUUUCUGCAAAAUGUUACGCUUCUAUUGUGAUGAAUAGAGAAGAAAAAUAUAAAAAAUUUUACACAAUACCAUGAAAAUAGUUAGAAUUAGAUGUACAGGUGAUUAAUAGUUUUUUUCUGGGUGAGCAUUUUUUUAGAAUGUAUUUACUGGUAUUUCAUUUUUUUAGUUUGUCUCCUUUUAUGCAUCAGUAGGUCAGUACAAACAUUGUAACUAGGGAAUAAUUGUUUCAGGAAUAAAGCAGACUGAAAUGCG